GCGUGCGCCACGGUGGCAAGCGCCGCUGCCAACGCGCAGGCUGCUGCCGCAACGUCCGGACCGGCACCUUUUGCUCCAAGCACAACCCCGAGGUCGACAAGCAGUGCUCGGAGGAGGGCUGCACGCGCCAGGCCCACGCCCGCCAAAAAUGCGUGCGCCACGGCGGCGGCCGGCUCUGCAGCGUCGCGACCUGCUCAGCGUAUGCGCGGCGCGAGGGCAUGUGCAUUCGGCACCACCGCCUCGCGACGGCCGAGUCGUCGCUCGACGACUCCAACACCAUGUCGGAAGAGGACUUUGCCGCGCUGCUCGAAAUCUGCGAGCACGACGACGGCGACGACGAGGUGGUUGCGACGCCGGUUCCGCCCCACGAGGAGCUCGCGUUCAUCGAGUCGCUCGUCAACAGCGCCGUGUUCGACCACGUGGUCGAGUACGCGGUCGGUCGGUCGGUUGUAUGA